AAAAAAAAGGAAAGCGUCUUUCUUCUCUCACACAAGCUACGCACUUUUUUAUUUACUCUUUUCGCUAAUAAUAACCACAACAUUAAUCCUCUUUUCUCUUAUUCUUUUUAUUUUUUUACCAAUUGCAUUUUUACAAUUUACCACCACUCUCACCUCGAAUCCCUAGGAACAGAAGCAAAACACUACCAUGUCGGCGCCAGCAAACGAUGUUCAGGACUACGUCGGUUUCGACACGAUCACGCAGCAGAUGGAGCGCAAGUUCCUCAAGCGCGGCUUUAAUCUCAACGUGAUUCUCGUCGGCGAGUCGGGCAUGGGCAAGUCGACGCUUGUCAUUCGCAAGACCACGGAGAUUGCGCCAGUGACGCAGAUGCUCGAGGAGAACGGUGUUCGCGUCAAGCUGACCAUUGUCGACACCCCCGGAUUUGGCGACCAGUGCAAUAACGAGGGGUGCUGGGUGCCCGUCAUUAAGUACAUCAAGGACCAGCACGCUGCCUAUCUGGAGCGCGAGCUCAAGCCCAACCGCGAGCGCAUCAUUGUCGACACGCGCGUGCACGCCUGUCUGUACUUCCUGAACCCUGGCAGCCGCGGGCUUCGUCCCCUGGAUGUUGAGGUGCUGAAGCGUCUGACUGAGGUGACCAACGUCAUCCCCGUCAUUGCAAAGUCCGACUCGAUGACUAUCGAGGAGCGCACAGCCUUCAAGCGCCAUAUCAAGGAGGAGCUUGCCUUCCACCGCAUUAUGCUGUUCCCCUACGCCAGCGAUGACGAUGCCGAUGAUGACCGCGUGCUGAACGCCAGCAUUAGGGAGCUCAUCCCCUUUGCCGUUGUCGGCUCCGAGGAGGUCAUUGAGGUCGAGGGCAAGCUGAUUCGCGGCCGUCGUCACGGCUGGGGCGUCAUCAAUAUCUUUGAUGAGACCCAUAGCGACUUUGUCCACCUGCGCAACUUUAUGCUGCGCACCCACUUGUCUGACCUUAUUGAGGUCACCUCGCAGCGCCACUACGAGCAGUUCAGAACCUCGCAGCUGCGCCAAAUUAAGGAGCUCCGGGCCCAGCAGGCUGCUGCUGCUGCCUCGGGUGGCGCUCCCCCUGCCCAGCCCCAGGUGCCUCUCAGCGUUAUGCAGCACCAGCCUAUGACCCAAGUCUAAGCACUGCCCCCCCCCCCCACCCUUUUCUUUCCCUAUCUCUCUUUUAAAUCUUUAAAUCUUUCGCUUUUGUUCUUUUUUCUAUAUACAUGGCAAACACCGACAGUAAAUCAAAA